CACCACAACUGCAGAUACAAGAUGUGCCUAUAUAUAUAUAUAUAUAUAUAUAUAUACCCAUUAUUAAAGAAUCGCUGUGGCUGAGAGUUCGCUAAGCUGUCAAUGGCAAUGGCCACCCUCUCCGGGGCUCUACUUCUGCUCUCCAUUCUAACAGAUUUAUUCACUGAUAGCCAAAGCAUUGGAGUUGGGAUAAACUAUGGCCAAAUUGCCAACAAUCUGCCUUCACAUUCACGAGUUGCGAUGCUCCUAAGAUCUCUCAACAUUAGGAGAGUGAAACUAUACGAUGCAGACCCGAAUGUGCUAAGCGCAUUUUCGAAUUCCGAGGUUGAGUUUGUGAUUGGUCUCGGGAACGAGUACCUGGAGAAGAUGAGUGAUCCAAUGCAGGCUCAGGCUUGGGUUCAACAGCACGUUCAACCGUACUAUGGGCUAACGAAGAUCAGUUGCAUCACUGUGGGGAAUGAGGUCUUAACUGGGAAUGAUUCCCAGUUGAAGUCUUACCUUCUUCCUGCAAUGCAGUCUGUUCACUCGGCGCUUGUGAAUUUGGGGCUAAGCGGUGACAUUACUGUCACGACAGCCCAUGCUUACUCGAUCGUGGCUAAUUCGUUCCCACCUUCCUCGGGGUUGUUUAGGCAGGAUCUUGGAGAGUAUAUCCAUGCUAUUCUUAACUUUCAUGCUCAAACCAAGACACCAUUCCUCAUAAAUGCUUAUCCCUUUUUCGCCUACAAAGAUAACCCGGGGCAGGUAUCCUUGGAGUAUGUUCUUUUCCAGCCUAAUCCCGGGACUACUGAUCCCAUCACCAACUUGAAAUACGACAACAUGUUUUAUGCACAAAUCGAUGCUGUCUACUCUGCAAUCAAGGCAAUGGGGCACACGGAUAUAGAAGUGAAGGUUUCUGAGACGGGUUGGCCUUCGAAAGGGGACUCGAACGAGGUGGGGGCGACAGUGGAGAAUGCUGCACAGUAUAAUGGUAAUUUGCUGCAACGUAUUGCACAGGGCGAAGGUACUCCAGCAAAGCCCUCGGUGCCAGUUGACGUGUUCGUUUUUGCUCUUUUCAACGAGAAUUUAAAGCCGGGUCCAACUUCUGAGAGGAACUACGGGCUAUACUAUCCUAAUGGGAACCCGGUUUAUAACGUUGGAUUACAAGGUUACAUUCCACAAAUGGAUUAUUCUGCUUCAAGUGGUAGUGUAUUGUCUAGUCCCGCUUUUCUUCUCGUUUUUAUACUAUACUUGAUACAUGUCUGGUAGCCUGAAAACACAACAAAUUGUAGAGAAGAACUAUUGAUUGCAGCUCCUAAUUCUUUUUUAUGCUAGAAAUUGAUGGAUUAAAGUUAGUAUAUGAUUUCUCCUUUUACAACUUGCUUCAAUUCAAGAUUCAAGAAGCCAUCCAUCCCUAUCAAUCAAACUGCAAAACCCUUUGCCUCGUUCAUACCUUUGAAAUCUCGGUUGGACUGUAGAAAAAAAACACCAGUUUUGCCUACUUUUGCCUGCCUUUUUUCGUCAGCCGUUGAAAGUGGAGGCGAUUAUGUUGAAUGAGAACAUUUUAGUUUAGUCAUAAAUGUGUUGCUUAAGCUAACAAGCCAACCAGCCAGCUGCCUUGAUGACAUAAAAUUGUUGGAGCCCAUAAUGUUUUGUUGGGCAUAAAGAGGAUAAGAUUGAGAGGCAGAGGAAUCAGAUUACAACUGGUUUUGGGUGGCCCAUGAAAACACACCAUUUUUUGUAUUAUUAUUCAUGUUCACAUUAUAUUUGUAAUUAGGCUCAUCUGGAGAUUCAAGAGUUAAUGAGAAUUGUUGUUUUGAAUAUAGAAUUAAUGUUGCAUGUAAACACAGGCUGUUGUUCUUGCCUUGUUUGGCAGGCCGGCUGGCUCUGAGUAUGAUUGGAAUCUUUAAAAAUUGUUGCUUUCA